AAGCAGUGGUGCUGUCUCAGUGCGCGUGGUGCUGAAAGUGCCAUCUGAAGUAAUGUGGUCGUUAUUCUUUUUCUUUCUGUCUUAUCUGGACAGAAACUUUGUCAAGGGAGAAUUCCCCAAUUAUUCCCUAGAAGCAGAGAAACAGAGUAAAGAUGUGUUUUUCAUGCUCAACAGCACUUUCUGUGCCAAAAUGUCAGGCAUGGGGGGAAAUUGCCUUUACCAAGUGUCAGACGGAAUUGAGGAGGUGCGCUCCGUGCAUGACUCCGCGGGUAAACUGGUGGACUGCUCAGUAACCAUCAACCAGAUGCAGGUGAAGUCAUUCAUGCAUGUGUGCAGAUUGGGACUGAAGCACCAGAGAACCAACCCAGAAGAUAUGGAGUUGAGUUUUACAGACAUGGCAGAAGCCAAAUACAACUGUCAAGCGUUCCAAAAGACAUCAAAGCGCACGAUGGUCACCACGGAGAGGAUAGCCGCGCCAACAGCACAGACACCGAAGGAGACGAGAGAGAAUUCUGUCCACGAGGAUGACAAGCAGGUGAUACGGAGAUCCAAGCGAGGAUUCACUUAUCCUGGAACCCUGUGGUGUGGAGCUGGCAACAUGGCUGAUAAUUACGAUCAUUUGGGUAUGUUGCGUAAAGUUUGAUAUUAUUCUGUAUUUUAGAUGCACGAUUAUCUAUUCUGACCACAUCUAGCCAUUCAACUGUUUCACUGAUUUCGGUGCAUGUUGGUUUGUUGUGUUUUUUAAUAUACACUCUCCAUUUGCAGGAGAGUUCGCGGCGACUGACAGUUGUUGCCGCGUUCAUGACCACUGCCCCUACGUCAUCCAUGCGUUUUCCUCAAUGUAUGGCUACACCAAUUUCAAGUGGCAUCCCCUUAGUCACUGUGACUGCGAUAAUGCGUGAGUUGCCUACAAUAUAGUUGGAACGCCUUUUUGUGUUUAUUUGUGUGUUUGUAUUGUAUUUGCAAGACAUUGCAAGACAUUUGGAAAUUGAGCAAGUUGAGGUGACUAAACUGCUUGGAGUAACCCUGGAUUGUAGACUGUCAUGGUCAAAGCAUAUUGAUACAACAGUAGCUAAGAUGGGGAGAAGUAUGUCCAUAAUUAAGCACUGCUCUGACUUCUUAACAACACUAUCAACAAGGCAGGUCCUAUAGGCCCUAGUUUUGUCGCACCUGGACUACUGUUCAGUAGUGUGGUCAGGUGCCACAAAGAGGGACUUGGGAAAAUUGCAGUUGGCUCAGAGCAGGGCAGCACGGCUGGUCCUUAAAAGUACACGGAGAGCUAACAUUGAUGACAUGCAUGUCAGUCUCUCCUGGCUCAGAGUGGAAGCGAGAUUGACUUUAUCACUGCUUGUUUUUGUGAGAGGUGUCGACGAGCUGAAUGUACCAAGCUGUCUGUUUGGAAUACUGGCACACAGCUCGGACACCCAUGCAUACCCCACAAGACAUGCCACCAGAGGUCUCUUCACAGUCCCCAAGUCCAGAACGGACUAUGGGAGGUGCACAGUACUACAUAGAGCCAUGACUACAUGGAACUCUAUUCCACAUCAGGUAACUGAUGCAAGCAGUAGAAUCAGAUUUAAAAAACAGGUAAAAAUACACCUUGUGGAACAGCAGGGACUGUGAAGAGACACACACACAGGUACAUACACACAUACAUAUAGACACUCACUCUACACACACGUACACAUGAAUGUUGUAUUGUAAAUAUGUGAUAGUGGAGUAGUGGCCUGAGGGAACACACUCAAUUUGGGUAAAGUGUUAUGAAAUAUAAUGUCAUGUAAUAUUUUUAAUUGUAUAUAACUGCCUUAAUGUUGCAGGACCCCAGGAAGAGUAGCUGCUGCCUUGGCAGGAACUAAUGGGGAUCCUUAAUAAAUACAAAUACAAAUGAGCAAAAUGCAAUGCCCUUGAUCCAUCCGUUUAAAUAAUCAUUAAAAAUAAUAAAUAAAUAAACUGCUUCAUACACUUGAAUAAUUAUGUUAGACAGUCAGAGACUGAAACCAAUUAUAUUAUGUACUGCCAGUCAAACCAUCCAGACAGGCUACAGUAAGCUGGAGUGGCACAUUUUCUCUUUGUCACACUGUCUGUGCAGGUUGAAGGAGUGUCUGAAGAAAGUCAAUGACACCUCCUCCAGGGUCGUUGGCCAGGCUUUCUUCAAUGUCAUCGAGGUGCCCUGUUUCCAGUUCAUAUAUGAAGAGCAAUGUGUGGAGCGCCACUGGUAUGGAGCGUAAGUACAGUAUUUACUGUAGGUUCCAAUAAUGCGCAUACAAAUCAAAUCAAAGUUUAUUGGUCAGAUACACAGAUUUGCCGGUGUUAUGGCAGGUGAAGCGAAAUGCUUAUGUUACUAGCGCCAACAGUGAACUAGAAUGUCUUGCAAAUACAAUACAAAUAAUCAAAAAAAUCAAACAAGAAAUAACAAUCCAAGCAUUUUUAAGUGGCUUUGUAGUACACUACAGGGAGCACAUCUUAAACUCUCCAUCUCUCUUAUCCACCAGGUGUAAAAAGUAUGACAAGCUCCUGGUUGCAGUGCCUAGAGAGUCCAUCCCGUAUGAUUUUGGAGGCAUUGAGGUUAUUGACGUGCUGACCGUGGCUCCUCUGGUACAGAAAGAGACAAAGAAAACAGGCACAGAGCAGGACAAUCCUGAAGGCACAACACAGUCCACUGUGUCCGGCUCCCAGACCACUGGCCCCGAGGAGCCCUCCCUCGGGAACAUUGUCACCACCGCUGAGGACUUCAUCAAAUUUCUGGCCACUGUCUCCACCUCUCAGGGUUCGACUACAGACACCACCAAAGGAGAGACACAGACCUCAGAGAAGAAGAAGAGGAAGAACACUGCAGGGAAAAAGAAGAACAAAAACAAGAAGAGGAAAGGGAAAGGAAAAGGGAGAAAGAGGAAGCAGAACAUCGACUCAGUCUCAAAAGGAGCAGAGGAAGGGACUAGAGUUAGUUCUACCAAAGCAGAGGAAGUUGUCGAUAAGAGUAACUUUGUGAAUGAGCCUGAGAAUGUUGACCAGUUGAACAGAAAUGUAAACUGUUUCAGUGAUGGUGAAAUAGAUCGUGGAGGGAAAGAGGAGCUUUCUAAUGAUGUCAUGAGAGAUGAACCACGUGUAGAUGAAGAAAUUGCUGCAGAUGCCUCUGUCACCUCAGUCACUGCUGUCAAGAAGGAGCAGACAAUGCUGGAAACCCCGGCUUUGACGGAUCACACAUCUCUCGCUGUAACCACCGGCACAUCCACUGUGACCACACAGAAAACCAAAAGGCAGAGGUCAAGAAAGGGGGAAGGGAUGAAAAAACAGAGCAACAUAACACCAACUGUCACCCCUAAAGGAGUUGCACGCCAUACCGCCAUUAAACAGGACCUCCCAACAUCCACAACAGAGAGCUCUGGCACCCCGACCAUCCCUACCAGCACUGCCAUAAUCUCUGCAGCGCAGCCUGUGCAACAAAGGUUAGAGAGCCACAGUGAAAAGGGACCUGUUACGGCUACUGCCGGCACCCCCAUUGUGAUUUUUAUCAAAAGCAAAAGGCACAGGUCAAAGGAGAGUGAGAAUAGAAAUAAAAGGAGGAAAAUCACUUCCACUCUUCCCAUGGUGGGGGUUACUUUCAGAACCCCCACUGAAGAGGAUCUUGGAGUGAUCACUACUGAGAGCACAAGUGCUCCAGCCGUCACCACCAUCACUACUGUUAGCACUGCAGGGCAGCCAGUGUCACACAGACCAGAAAGUCACAAUGAGAAGGGGUCCAAGACCACUACAACUAUAACCUCGACUUUGAGUGAGACCAAAAGGCACAGGCCGAAAGAGAGAGAGGGAAGAAAGAUGAGGAGAAAAAUCAUACCAAGUCUUUUGGCUGAGGGCACAUAUCUGCAGAAUAACACUGAAGAUGCCCUUCAUACAGUCACUACUGACAGCACUGGUGUACUGAACAUCCCCACAACCACCACUGUAGUCACUGCAGAGCAGGCUGAGACGCUAGCACCACAGAGCAUAGAGAGUCACAGUGAAAAGGGACAUCUCACCACAACAGCCAGUGACCUCGUUGUGACUGGGAGAAGACAAGGAUCAAAAGAGAGGGAGGGUAGAAAGAAAAGUAAAAAAGUGACCAUAACCACUGUUGUCAAGGAUGAGGUUCCUAUCCAUGAUGACAAUGAAACCAAACUUGAAGAAAUAAUGACAAGUACAAGUCUGACACCCUCAGCGUCAGCAAUCUCAUCCAAAGUUGAAGAAGUAGGAGAGUUCAAUCUACAGGAAUCUGAGAACUACAGAGAACAGACCCUCUUCCCUGUGCAGACCAGCACACCCACUGUAAAUCCAAUAAAAUCCACUAUCCAGAAAACGGAAGCGAGACUAGGUAGAAAGAAAAGGAGAAAAACACCACAAUGAGACUCAUACUAACAAUGUUGCUAGUAUAGAAUGAAAGAGUGCAAUGAUGUCCUAGAUGACUAGCCUAGCUCUUGACUGUCAAAAAAACCUGCUAUGCAGACUCAAACGUAUGUAUAUUAUGUGUUCGUCAUCUUGUGUGUUUUGUCAAAUCAACAUUCGUGCACUAUUCAACAGGAAUCGUAACAACUGAAUGAAGGAUCAGGAUAAUUUAUUGUAAUAUUGUAUGUGCAUUUAAACACCAAUGAUUAAUAAAAUAUUUGAAAGAAGCAUA